AUGUCGAGUAGGCCUCCUUCGAGGGUCGUGUUUGUGGGAAACAUUCCAUAUGGCCUCUCCGAGGAGCAGAUCACAGACAUCUUCAGUAGCGCCGGCAAGGUAGAGCGCUUCCGCCUCGUCUACGAUUCGGAAACCGGACGGCCAAAGGGAUUCGGCUUCGCAGACUAUCCCGAUACUGACUCGGCUUCCUCAGCUGUCCGCAACCUUAACGAAUAUGAAAUCAUGGGUCGAAAACUCCGAGUCGAUUUUUCCAACGAGCAAAAGAGCGGCGAUGAUGAUGGCCAGACGCCUGGACAAAACACUGGCGCCUCAAACGGAGGUGCUGCUUCAAACUAUAGCUCCCAAUCAACACCACUUCCUCCGCUCCCAGCCGGAAAGGAGAUACCUCCAGGAUUGACCUGCACCGAUGCCAUUUCAAGAACUCUCAAUACCUUACCGCCGCCACAACUGUUGGACAUCUUAAGCCAGAUGAAGACACUGGCUACAACAGAGCCUCAACGGGCAACAGAACUACUUCAACAGGCCCCUCAGCUGGCUUAUGCUGUCUUCCAAUCGCUUCUCCUGAUGGGACUCGUGUCCCCCGAAUCCAUCCAGUCCGUCGUUGACCCGAACGCGCCGCCUCCCCAGCUUCCAACUGCCAACUUUCCGCCAGCAGGAUUCCCCGGUGCUCCUGUCGCAAAUCACACACCCCCCGUCACUGGGAUGCCUUAUGCGCCUCCUCCAGCGAAUAACUCGGCUUAUGCUCCUCCGGCAGCGGCACCUGCAGCAGCUCCUGCGGGUAUGGCGCAGGACCCUGACGCUCUGAUGCGAGCAGUCAUGGAGCUCCCCCAGGCUCAGAUUGACAUGCUCCCAGAGGCAGAUAGGCAGCAGAUUAUGGCGCUUAGGGCUACGUUUGCGGGUCAACGGCGAUAA